AUGAAUGUGCAAAGUUUGUUGCCGUUUUUGAAGAUAUUUUUUGAUGCUACAUCAAGGUUCUCUGGUUCAAAGUAUGUAACAUCAAAUGCUUAUGUACAUGAAAUAUUCGGUAUUGGUAAUGUGAUUGAUGGUUUCACGAUGCAUCCCGACAAGUCCAUCAUGGAAAUGGCAAAAAAAAUGAAAUUGAAAUACAAGAAGUAUUGGGGGGACGUUACAAAGCUUAAUCAAUUUAUGUUUAUUGGUGUAGUUCUCGACCCAAGGCAUAAAUGGAAAUAUAUCCAAUGGGUUGUUAAAGAAAACUUCGAGAAAUAUAGUGCCAAUCGUUUCAUUUUCAACUUAGAUUACAAUGUGUGCGCUUUGUUUGAUUUUUAUCAGUAUUCUAUGCCUCAAAAAGAGAAGGAUGUUGAGGUGUCAUCUACAUACUCUCCUUCUGAUCCUAAUUCAGCGUGGGGGGAUGAUAUGGUAAUGGAUAUUGAGGUUAUCAUGACAAAAAAAUUUAAAAUGGCAAUGGGAAGUUCGGAUACUACGUCGAAGAAAACAAAAUUAGAUAAAUAUUUGGGGGAAGAACGUGAACCAAUGGACACCAAAUUUCGACAUAUUGUUGUAGUGGAAAUUCAACAAUGUAUAUACCCGAUUCUUUCUAAGAUGGCCCGAGAUAUUCUUGCUAUCCCGAUUUCUACGGUUGCCUCGGAGUCAGCAUUUAGCACCGGGGGCCGAGUGCUUGAUUCUUUCCGUACUUCCUUAACUCCAAGAAUGGUGGAAGCCCUCAUUUGUGCACAAGAUUGGUUACGUUCUUCGCGUAAGCCGAUUGUGAUGGACGAUAUCUUGCUUGAGAUAGAGAAGUUGGAAGAAAAUGGUUUGAAGGAAUUAACUUUGGAGCAACCAAUCAUUAUCAUUGAUGAAAGUGUGGAUGAAAGUGAUAUAACAGAGGAGUAA